AAUGAAAGAAAAACCUGCACACAAGCCGGCAAAACGAGAAGCAUGAGUUUUGUCGUUUCGGAGCAGCAUGUUGCUGCGUGACCGUAGUUGUACAAAAAAUUCUCAGUGUAUAUAAUUGUCGUUAUCGUUUUGAUAAACAUAGCCUAUAUAUACCUAAAUUAAUAUAUAAAUAAAUAUAUAUUUAUUUAGUUAACAUUCUGUGUGAUUUAGUUUUUCUAAACGACAAAUUUACUUGUCUCUUUUCCCUCAUGGAUUAGUCAAAUUAAAAAUUUAUUUUCCAUUUUUUUUUAUUAUUUUUUUUUUUUGUUAAUUUAGCGUCAUUAUAAUCUAAAACUUCAAAGCUCGUGUUUGCGCAUCUUUAUUGCGCUCGUGCCAUUCGAUAUUUUAUAUAUAUAAAAAAAUUUUUUCCAUCUCAUCUUGUUGAUCAUUGUUGAUCCUUAACCACUCAUCACCAAAAAAAAAAAAAAAAGAGUUGACAGUUUAUUUUUUAUUAAUUUAUUUUGAGUGUUUAUUUUUUUUUUAUUUAAAUAAUUAUUUAACGGAGUAAUUUGUUUAUUUAUUUAUAUAUUUUUUUUUAUUAUUAAAUUUUUUGUGUUACGGGUUAUAUUAUUUAAUAAGUGAUGAUUGCUGGAACAAGGCAAAUGAGCAAUGGAGAGAAUCGAGAUAGGAAUGGCCACGUGCUGGUUUGGGAACAGCCGGGUCUCGAUGAAAAUGAUAAACGACCAGCUAAAAAAAAAGGGAUGCUGGGAUCACGACACUUUGUUAUAUUAAUGCUUUUUUUGGGUAUGGCAAAUGCAUAUAUUAUGAGAACAAAUAUGUCUGUUGCAAUUGUUGCUAUGGUUGAUCAAAAAGCAGUUAAUGGAGAAAAUUAUACUUCCUCAAAUGAAUGUCUUGAUCAAAAUGCAGAGGUUCCUAUUGAAGAUGAUAAAUCUAAUGGAUCUUUUAAAUGGGAUACAAAAGAACAAGGAUGGCUUCUGAGUUCAUUUUUUUAUGGCUAUGUUGUAACACAAAUACCAUUUGGAAUACUUGCAAAACGUUAUGGAUCAAAAUAUUUUCUUGGCAUUGGAAUGUUGAUAAAUUCAUUAUUCGGUCUUCUUGUUCCUUAUGCUGCUGAAUCAGGAUACUGGUGGUUAAUGACUGUUCGUUUUAUUCAAGGCCUUGGUGAGGGUCCAAUUGUGCCAUGCACACACGCAUUGCUGGCAAAGUGGAUACCACCAAAUGAGAGGAGCAGGAUGGGAGCUGCAGUAUAUGCUGGUGCACAAUUUGGAACAGUUGUUUCAAUGCCAUUGAGUGGUUUAUUGUCAGGAUCUGAUUAUGGUUGGCCAUCAAUAUUUUAUGUAUUUGGUAUUGUUGGAGCAAUUUGGUGUGUUGUAUUUUUAUGGAUGGUAUAUGAAGAUCCAGAAAAACAUCCAUCAAUUUCAGAAGAUGAAAAAAAAAAAAUUAUCAGUGCUCUUUGGGGUACAGCUGGUUCAUCAUCACCACCAGUACCAUGGGGAUCAAUCAUAACAUCAUUGCCAUUUUGGGCAAUUUUAAUAGCACAUAUGGGACAAAAUUAUGGUUACGAAACUCUUAUGACAGAGUUACCAACAUUUAUGAAACAAAUUUUACAUUUUAACAUAAAAACGAAUGGACUUGUUUCUGCACUUCCAUAUGUUACCAUGUGGAUAAUGUCAUUAGUAUUAUCUUAUAUUGCUGAUUGGAUGAUAACAAGUGGUAAAUGUAAUCAUACAGUAACAAGAAAAAUUGUUAAUAGUAUUGGUCAAUAUGGACCAGCUGUUGCUCUUAUUAUUGUUUCAUUUACUGGAUGUCAUCCAGCAUUAACUGUAUUUGUAUUAUCACUUGGAGUUGGUUUAAAUGGUGGUAUUUAUUCUGGUUUUAAAGUUAAUCAUCUUGAUAUAUCACCAAGAUUUGCUGGUAUUUUAAUGUCAUUUACAAAUUGUCUUGGUAAUCUUGCUGGGCUAUUAGCACCACUUACAGCUGGUACUAUUAUUCAUGGAGCGCCAUCACAAGUUAAAUGGAGAAAAGUAUUCAUGAUAUGUGCUGGUGUAUAUUUUGUAUGUGCAACAUUUUACAAUUUGUUUGGAUCUGGUGAGAGACAAGAAUGGGACAAUCCUGAAAAAGAUGAGGAUAAUAAAAAAAGAAAAAAUACUGAAGCUAUGAAAACAAUUAGCGAAACACAACAUUGAUCUAUCUAGUUAUGUCAGUAUCACUUUGCUCAUGCGAAAGUAUAUACUUGGCUAUUUUGCGAUUGAAUGCGAUUUGUUAUUUAUUUAUUUUUUUCUUUGCUAUUUUUUUUUUUUUUUUGUUAUAAACAUUGUAAUACAUUCAUUCCCUCCAGAUUAUUUAGAUCAUUGUACAGAAAAAAAAAAAAAAACGUAAAUGAAUGAGUCUUGCUGAUUGAAAUAAUACGGAGAUUUGUUUUAUUGUUGAUCCGUAUCAAUUUUUUUUUUUUUUUAUUUUUUUUUAUUCUUCUGGUUUUUAUGUAAGACGUGAGCGAAAAUAAAUAAUUAAUUGCCGAA